CGUCCCAUCCUCGACGCACCGCUUCUCUCUCUACUUAGUACCUAUUUUUAAAUAGUGUCCGUUACUAUCCGAGACGUACGGACAUCUCAAAAACCCCUGAAAAUAGACGCCUCUGUCAUUUCGAUGCAUGCAUCGCGACGCGAGGUUAAAAUGGUUCAAACCAAAUUCUUUAAAUCCACGCGCUCAGUGUGUUUGUAGCAGCCGACAAACUGUACACAAAAUUCCGAAUCCGCGAUAACUGAAACGAAAAGUUUGAACUUUCAAGCAAGCAAACAAAUUGUUACGUUUAAACUGCUUAAACUUAGUUUUUGAAACAAAGUGUAACGAUUUCAUCAAAAAUUACCGAAUCAUUAGGAUGUGUAAUUAUUAAAAUUCGAUUUGUGUAAAGUUCUUGGUGUACACAAAUAAUUGAGGACAAGACCCGAUGUUCCGAAUAGACUGAAUACUUUGGCGCCGGUGCGGGCUUACAGCCAAAAUAUGUAACUAAUUAUUUUUGACCGAAAAAAAACUACAAAAAUCAACUGCUUUGUUGUUUUCAUUUUCAAAUUUUAUUAGUCACAUAACUUAGCUAAGUAGCGCGCAUAAAUUCAUUUGAACAAAACAGAACGGAUAAAUGCCGAAUAACUAACUAAAAUUGUGGCAUAAAGGCAUCAAUUAAACUUUAACUGCGGCUCAAUAAAAAUAUUCGAUUCGAAUAUACACAAAUAAAGUUCAAUUUACGAUUCAAUAUUAAACGGUUUAAUAGAGCGUGUUUUACAAAAAUAUAACUCAAAAUUAUAUUUAAAACAAACAAAAAAAAUAGAUGCGAGCGUAUUUCAUAUUUAUUUUCUUUCGCUAAGCUAUGAUUUAUUAGCUUUGGGAACUUUUUGAAAACUUCUUCCGCAUAAUUUGAUGGUGAACUUUGCAAAUUGAUGCCGGAAAUUUGAACGGUGAACGGUUUAAAGAAUAAAAUCUUACGGAAAACUAAUUCCAAUAUAUAUGGAAUGGAUGAUCCAAUAGAGAGAGUUGUGUUUAUUUCAAGAUUUCAUUCUGAGUCGAAAUAGGUUUAAUAGAGAAGCGCUGAGUGUAAUAAGAUUUUGGCAAAUGAGUUUGCCAAAUAUAAAAUACAAACACAGACCCCCGCAGUCGGCAAUAAUACAGUCCAUUAUACUCGGAUUUCAAAGACUCCAGUAGUUAACAAGACUUUGAAAUAAUAUACAUCCGUUGAUUUAGUGCGUAACGUAAAAUGGAUGUAAAAGUAGCAGUGUUUUUCGUGUGUUUGGUGAUUGGUGCUGAAUGCCAGGGAUAUUACGAUCGACAGUACGAUAUGAAUCCGAAGCAGUACACGAGGAGGAUAUCUCUGAAGCAGGGAGUUUUGCAGGGGAUAGUUGUGGAGCCCAAAGUGAAUCACGCUCUUCCUAAGGUCGAACAGUAUUUGGGCAUUCCAUAUGCUGCACCGCCAGUUGGAGAACUUAGAUUCAUGCCUCCUGGCAGCGCUCCAUCCUGGUCUGGGACGAGAUAUGCGGAUAGCAUGAAGCCGGUUUGUCCUCAGAAAUUUCCCAAUACCACAAUGAUGACUUCCAUAAGGAAGGAAUACUUCAACAGACUGGUGAAAUACCUUCUGAACUCCUCCGAAGAUUGUCUAUACUUAAAUAUCUACUCUCCAGCUCAAG